AUGGUUCAAGGGAUCGCACACCCAAAAAUGGCUUACCUUUUGAAACGAUUCACUCAAAAGAAACUCGUGGAUCCCGAGACUUUGUCGCAAUCUGAACUGUCUCGUUGUUUAUCGAUAUUCGACCUGACCUCUUUAGGGAUUGGCAGUACCCUUGGAGCUGGGAUCUAUGUGUUAGCGGGAGAAGUUGCUCGAUCUAUGGCCGGACCGAGCAUUGUUGUAUCUUUCUUCAUAGCUGCCGUCGCUUCCAUUCUAUCGGGGCUGUGUUACGCCGAAUUCGGCGCUCGUGUUCCCAAAGCUGGUUCCGCUUAUAUCUACAGCUAUGUAACGGUCGGAGAACUCUGUGCUUUUGUGAUCGGUUGGAACUUAUUUCUUGAAUACGUUAUCGGCGCUUCUUCUGUAGCUAGAGCAUGGAGUGACUAUUUCGAUUCUGUUCUCGACGGGAGAAUCCGUAAUUAUAUAUUGACCCACAUUGGAGAAAUUCAUACAUCUGGACUCUCAAGAUACCCAGAUUUUUUUGCCCUCGUGCUCUUGUUGCUGGUGACUUUUGUUCUUGGGAUUGGAGUUAAGAAUUCUUCGAGAUUCAACAACAUAUUUACCGGCAUAAAUCUUUUGGUGAUUUUAUUCAUAACUUGUGUUGGAACAUACUUCGCCAGAGGUGAGAAUUGGACAAAUGAUUUUACACCGUUUGGAAUUUCUGGAGUUUUCACGGGAGCGGCGACAUGUUUUUACGCUUUCGUUGGGUUUGACGUUAUUGCUACGACUGGCGAAGAGGCAAGAAAUCCAAGCAGAGCGAUUCCUAUAUCUAUAGUUCUGUCCUUAGGUAAGGUCAUAAUCCGGUUAAUUCUGUUUAUGGAAUGAAUUCCACCCAUGCCAAAGACAAUUGAUGCAUGGUUUGAUCUGUCAAAAUUUACCGACACGAUUUAAGACAAAAAUACUACCGAAUAAAAAAUAUGUCGGUGACCGCAAAAUUUUCUCCCUUCGCCGGACGGCUAGUUCAAAAAAGAUCAAAGUGGUCAUUUCGCAGCAUUUAAUUUCCUUCAAACACCGCUUCACUGAUUAUAAUGGCUAUUUGUUAAGAGCAGUUAACAAUUUCAAAUUCAGUUUCCUCUUGAUUAAUCGUAGACUUUGACAGCUGGAAUUAUAGCCGACGAUUUUUCCAGCACUAAAAUGAGUUGGUUGUAAUUUGCCGUUAUAUUACUCUUUGCUUAAAAGUUUUGUUCUCAUCAGCCGCUGUGAUGGUCACCGGCAGAACCUGUAGCUACUUGUUAUCCUAAAAUAACCAAGAUGGAAUCCUUCAUUUACAUACAAUUUCAAUCAUUGGUUAUUUUAGCUUCGUUUGGUUAAUUUCCCGUUUAUAUGAAAAUCUCCUCCAAACAUCUCCUCUGCACUUGCGUAAAUUUAUAGGACGGAAAUCCCUCGAGUACAAAUUACUCUUCAAAUAUUGAAAUAUUGUUACAACGCUGAGUCACGUUUCACGUUUCGAAAGAUCAACCGCAUUCUCUGCAGAACAGCUGUAGCUUUAGUGAUAUAAACGUUCUAGAUAUUAAGUGGUAAGCCGAGCACAUGCAUCUGGUCGGCGGUUCUUAUGUUUAAGAUCAUUUUGUUUUAAAAACUGAACUGAUAAUGUAAAUUGGCCACUGCAGAGGGUUUCUCAAGCUUAAUAUUAAUACAACAACAAGCAGUCAAAUGAUGUGAAUAAUGGAAGAUAUCACUUGGGAGGUUAUUUGUUAUCCACCCAAACUUUUAUCUUUGAGAUUUCUUGCCAAUAUGGUACAACUGUUCAUGUUACUAUGGACUAAUUUGAAUUAUACGCAUCCUUUUUGCCAUCAAAGGAAUUUGUUUCGUGGCCUAUUUUGGGGUCUCUGCCGUGCUGACUCUCAUGGUGCCCUAUAACCAGUUAGCUGAACGAGGUGCUCUGCCAGAGGUGUUUGCGAUGCGAGGAGCUCCAUGGGCCAAAUACAUCAUAGCUGUGGGAGCCCUCUGUGGAUUGACCGCAUCUUUGAUUGGAGGCCUGUUCCCUCUACCCAGAAUGCUGUACGCCAUGGCAAGCGAUGGCCUCAUUUUCAAGUAAGCAACUUCAUUUUAAGCCUGCUGGACGCAUUUCUCGUCCUUGAGUCUCCGUUAUUAUAAAGGCUAACUUAAGUGUAUUUUUAUGGCAUAAAGAUACAUAUUUUGUAAUAAGUGAUUACACAUCGUUUUAGUACACUGCAAUACAGAAAAAUACUGAAUUUCUUGAGAUCCGAGUCUUUUUUAGUGCAACAUUUCCGCUGAUUAAUUCUCUCUUCCGUAAUGGUACGUGACAGAAAUAUUGUCUUUCACUUAGGCGUAGUUUUUGUGGUUUCUAAGGAUUAUUGUAAUUCUUAUAUUUUUAAAAGAUUUCUUGCCAAGGUACAUCCAAAGACGGAGAUUCCAGUUAUUGCCACCGUCCUGUCUGGGGCCCUUGCGGCGUUCUUGGCCCUCAUAUUCGACCUUGAAGCUUUGGUUGAAAUGAUGUCCAUCGGUACCCUGUUAGCGUACACAAUAGUGGCCCUGUGCGUGUUGUUGCUUCGUUAUCAACCCGGCAGUGUAGGAAUCGUCAAAGGAGGGGAAAAGAUUUUCUUAACUAACGAAGAAACUGCAGACCAUGAGGCCCCGAGGGAAGACACUCGAUUGACGCAAGAAACUGAUGGUCCGACUUUGCAAACCGCACGACUCGCUGCCAUUGGAAUCUAUUGCAACGUGGUGAUGUACUUCUUCAUAAGUAUUCUUCUCAUCUGGGGAGGCCAUGCUAUUUUGAAUGGGCGAGCAUGGGCCAUCUUCAUGGCAUGCUUAUUAGGGAUCCUCUUGGUCACUUUCAUCGUGCUCCUUGUACGACAGCCCCAGAACAAGACGCCCCUGCCAUUUAAAGUGCCAUGUGUUCCGGCCAUACCACUGUUCUCGAUCUUCAUUAACGUUUUUCUGAUUCUGAAGCUUAACUACUUGACGUGGAUUAGGUUCGCCGUAUGGAUGACAAUAGGUGAGUUAAAGGGUUUAAUGGGGGGGGUACUUGGAACGAUGUUACUGUAGAAAUAUUUAAAAUUGUUUGGAAUUAAGUUCAGCCUUAGCAAGAGAUUGUAUAAUCAUAGUUGUUUAAUGCGAAGAUAUCAGUGCAUACAACAAAAUACUAAUGAAACUACUUAGACCUUGUUUUCUGAUGCGACCUGUGGUCUCGUUUUGAGGGUCUUUUACGGACCAACUUUGAAAUUACCCAUAUAUCUACCGCACUACAAACGCUUACUGACAAAUCUAGACGCAAAUGAUAAUCUGCCGAGGACUUCGUUGCGGCCUUCAAGACUGUGAAGAUACCUGACGACGGCAAACUCGUGUCAACUGGUGUCAAAGGAUUCUUCACUAUUAUUCCACUUCUACACUAUCGAUACAAGGUGUCCGCUUCAUAUGGGACCCGUCUAAGACAGGUUUCCGGCUGUAGCUGGAUAAAUUCAAUGGUUGUGUUUGAGUAUGACUUUAAGUAUGAAGAUAUACCCAGUCCUCAUACUGUUUAGGUUAUCACCUGUAAAAAUUUGUAAUCACACUGAUUGGACCAGGUGUAAAUUUGCUCACUCCAUUCAUACAACCUGUGGAAUGUGACAGUUCGUGCCAAUAGUCGAUUCACUCCUCAAACGCUUCAUCAGAGCGCUUAACAACCAAAGGUGAUUCAUUCAAAACCUAGCGGAGCAUAAAAAACAUUUUGGAGGGCGACUUCCCUCAGAGCAAAUAGUUCGAAAGCGGACUUGAUUGAUGAACAUCCAACGGUGCGAUCCCGUAGGCUAAUACAUACAAUCAAGUUUUUGUUUACAAACAAGUAGAUUUUUGUUAAUCGGAUAUGGUGACUGUAUUUCGCCUCCUUGAUUUCAUACUUUCCUUAUUGAUGAGUUUUGUUCACAAAAAAUGUCCAAAGCUUAUAUUGCCAUAAUGACCUUCCUACGCUCGCAGGCUCUAGUAAGCUUACAUACUUCCUUUGUCACUAAAUGCGCACUCCUGAAAUUAAAAAAAAAAAAAAAAAAAAAAAAAUGCUCGACGAAUGAUGUGUAAAAUCAAUCGAAACUUGUACGCAAAUUGUCCACACUUGCAUCCUUGAUCAUUGACUCCGCUGCGGGCACAUGAAUUGGAAGCAAUCGUAGAUGUCAAUAUUCUGUUUCACAUUUCAAUGUUGCUUCCGAAAGCAAGAAAUUGAUCUCGUUGAUUUUGACAUUACCCAUGCGGUAGAUUGCUUUAUUUACACGUGCCACAUUCAUACUACCAUGUUAAACUUCAAAGACCAACAAUCCGUAUUAUCUACCUGUAACAACCUGCUCACACCAUUCAACCAAUUGUGGCUCGUUUAUCAAAAUAUAGUUUCUCCCAAAAUCUUCAGAACAGGACAGGCAUUCACAGACAAAAGUUCAGCAGUCACCUUCUGGGGGAUGUUAUAUUAAAAAGCUGUUUUCUCACAACCGGUGGAGCGCUUAAAGAGUUGGGAGAAUAUAAAGACUGAGAAUGGACGAGUCUACCUGGCGCAUUUGUAAUCCCAAAGGCAUUUGUUGGUCGUCAGAGUUGUGAGCACUGAAAAAUCGUGUACAGGUUACAAGAUCCAUCGAAUUUGAUAUGCUUUUUUAAUAAGGAAAUCCUUAAAUGUCAAUUGCUUCUUUAAAAAUUAGGGCUGUGCAGAGAACUUGUCUUUCCUGAUCGAACAAUGGGAUGUCUUUGGCAGUUUUCACGACGAAAGUUUAUUUCUCUUGAGAAAUUAGGAGAGACAAAACUCUCUCGAUGUCUCUCACUUCUUGAUCUUACCGCCCUCGGCAUCGGCUGUACUUUGGGAGCUGGUGUGUAUGUAAUCGCCUGUGAAAUUGCUCGAGAUGUAGCCGGCCCGGCGACAGUGAUUUCAUUUCUUAUCGCUGGUAUUGCCUCUGUCUUGUCAGGACUUUGUUACGCUGAAUUUGGUGCUCGCGUGCCAAAGGCUGGAUCAGCUUACAUCUACAGUUAUGUAACUGUUGGCGAGCUUAUAGCGUUUAUAAUUGGUUGGAACCUUGUGAUGGAAUAUAUGAUCGGAGCUGCCGCUAUCGGUCGAGCUUGGAGUGCGUAUUUCGAUUCUAUGAUACAUGAUAAAGUUCAACUUUGGGUUUUAGAAAAUAUUGGACCAAUACGGAUCGAUGGACUUGGGGGAUACCCGGAUUUUUUGUCAGCAGGAAUCAUUUUUGUCUUGAUGAUUAUUCAGCUGUUUGGUGUAAAGAAAUCCACCGUGUUCGUUUCUGUCGUGACUUGCGUUAACAUAAUCGUGAUCCUCUUUAUAAUCGUCAUGGGUAUAACUUUAGCUAGACCAGAGUAUUGGUCAGAUUUUAUGCCUUACGGUCCCACAGGAGUAUUGGCUGGUUCGGCUACAGCCUUUUUCGCUUUCGUUGGAUUCGACGUUAUUGCGACUGCUGGCGAAGAAGCCGAGAACCCUAGUAAGACCAUACCACUUUCAAUUAUGUUGGCACUAACGGUUUGUUUCUUGGCAUACUUCGGUGUCUCUGCGGCGGUGACAUUAAUCUGGCCUUAUAACAAGUUGGAUUAUGGCGCAGCCUUACCUAAAGCUUUUGAACACCGAGGAGCAGAUUUUGCAAAAUACAUCAUUGCGGCUGGUGCUCUUUGCGGAAUGACAGCUGCUAUAAAUGGAGGGCUUUUCCCUUUACCUCGCUUACUGUAUGCCAUGGCUAACGACGGAUUAAUUUUUAAAUGCUUUGCGUGUGUAAGUAAAAACACCGAGGUCCCUUUUGUAGGUACUAUUUUCUCCGGGAUUCUCGCGGGUAUACUAGGAAUGAUCUUUGAACUGCAGGCCCUUGUAGAGAUGAUGUCUAUAGGUACCCUCCAAGCAUAUACCAUCGUCUCCACAUCGGUUUUGAUUCUCAGAUAUCAACCUGGGACUGUAGGCUUUGUCAAAAGUUCUGAGGAGCCUGAGUCGAGCUCUGAAUUAAAGGAGCCUCAACAACAACCAACAGAACGGUCAGGGAGGAUUUCAAGAUGUAUCAUAUGGUUCCUUUUCUUUUACUUCUUCGGUCUCAGUGCGUUCUUGAUCAAUGGGCUCAUUCCAAUGUAUGAAGGAGAACUAUGGGCCGUUAUUCUGGCCGUGUUGUUGGUCAUAGCUUUUGUAGCUGCAGUCGUAAUGUUGUCUAUGCAGCCGAAAAGUAGAACGCCAUUACCAUUCAAAGUUCCGCUCGUCCCAGGCCUCCCUUUGUCAUCAAUGUUUAUUAAUAUCUAUUUGAUGAUGGAACUUAAUCCAGCCACGUGGAUGAGAUUCGCUGUUUGGAUGGCCAUAGGUGUGUGUGUUUCCUUUUUCCGGCCGGUCAUGAAAAGAUAGGCAUGCAAUGCAUGCAUAGAGAGAUUCUACCAUGCUAAAUUAAUGGUUAGAAGCCAUGGUGCUUCCCCAUUGAGUUUCCUAAUACCAGAACCAAAUCGAAACAGCGAGUGCAGCCAAAAGUUAAACUCGCAAGAAGUUAACAAGAGCUCAAAGAAAAUACAUAAAGUCGAUGCUAAGAGCGAGAUUUAAGAUUAGUUUAUUUAAUUUUGCACCCAAUCAUUUGAGCGAGUGGCGUAAGUUUCCUGGACCUAUCACAGAGCAGAGAGAACAAUUGCGUUUUUUACUUCCUUACGUUGAUUCAAAAUUUAUUUUAGGGCCUUUUUGAAAUUCCCGACUCUAGCCGUCGUUUGCUGGAUACCUGAGAAUUGCGUAUCUAUUUCAUGGUCCGGCUUAUCAACUAGUUUUCUGUAAAAAGUCUUCUCCCUCGCUGGAACUCUUACUAAGGAAAAAGGGAAUCACUUCGCUUAAGAGUAAACCUUAUAUAGCAAAGUUUCUUAGUCAGGAAUUUUGUCUAAAGCAAAGCUGUUUCAAAACCUAGCUAGAAAUCCUGGACUUAACUGUUGUGCAAUUCGUUGCAAAUCUGCGGGAAGAGGAGAACUGUUGGGCACCAGGAGACCAGAAUAUUUCUUGGAUUAAAAAAAAAUAUAUAGCAAACAUACUUUUAUUUAAAGGGGGUAAGUUUGUAAAGAAACUGUCGUGCUGCGUCGGUGGGAGAGUAUAACAAGAUAAUUUGGUGUUAUCAACUGAGUUUAGAACGUAAAUUGGACACCGUAAAGAGAUUCAAAGCUGACGUUUCGAACGUUAGCCCUUCGUAAGAGCGGAUUGGCUCUAAUGAAGGGCUAACGCUCGAAACAUACUUUUAUUUAGCUAACUAGGGAACCAAACUCACUUGAUAUCACAUGCAAAGAGUCGAACUGAUACCCUCAUUAUUUACUCUACAGGUCUGUCCAUUUACAUUUUCUACGGCCUCCGACACAGCGUGGAAGGGAAGAGACAACAUGAACAAGAGGGAUACGUUCCCUUAGAACGAAUUGACGGCAAAGAUGAUCAAGAUAAGGAUGUCGAAACUUUAGAGUGAAAUAGCUGAAAAUAAUUAUGAUUCCACAAAAUACAGAGAUUAUAUUGAGGUUUGCAGGGCGUUAGGUUUUACAAAAUUGUCAAUUCCGUUCAAUAUUUGAAGAUUUAUUUGAAAAAGAUCUACAAAUGUAAUGAUACGAAACAUUUCUUUGGUAACACUAAAUAUAGUCAAUAUCAUUUGUUUUAACAUUCUCUUGACGUUGUCAUGGCAACCAUUCAUUGAUAUCUAACUUUUUCCAAGAAAGAUCAAGACAAAUCUUCUCUAAAUGUUAUAGAGUAUGAGUGAACAUAUCUUCAUCACGUCUCAUUCUUCAAUGAAAGGCAUAUUCAAUACUCUUCUAUUAGUUGAAAUUUUUUUCCUGUAGUUGGACUUCCCACUAAACAAGCUUUAUCAUUCCAACUGUGGAAGAAUGUAUAAGGAGCUUUAGUAGAAAAGAACAAAGUCCGGCAGCCAUGUUUUGAAACUGUUUGUAAGAGAGGAAUCGUGACAGGUUUCAGAAACGAAUUGCACGUAAACAUAACCAUAAAACCCAGUUUAUCAUUUCAGUAAAUUUAUUAGACUAGUAAUUAUAUGAUAUAGUAAGAGUUUGAGAAAUCAGUAUAUUCUUCAGGUCAGUCGGUCGAGCUACAAACGUUAUAGUGAAAUCUGUGGUAAUCCUGGUGGACCAAUAAAAAGAAAUGAUCCAUACAUAAUAAUCUAUCA